CUACACGUACAAAAAAAAAAAAAAAGAAAAUUAAACUACACUACACUAAUCGGGAAUUCCGUGAAAUGUGUAUAUAAAAUACAACACACAAGAAAAAAGAGAUCUGCCUAAAUUAUUAUAAAUAUUUGUUAUCAAAAAAUACAUAAUUGUUUUAUGCUAAAUUUGUUUGUGCAGAAGUUAUUAUUAAGAAUUAAAAUAUCGGAUAUUAGAAAAUCAUAAUCAAAAGUCGAUUGCGUUGGUCGUUGUGAAUUGGAUUUUAUACUUUUCACCUCUAUUCUCUUUUUGAUUUUGCCUUUUUUUGCUUUGCCUACACACAUGGAACUCCCUUUCUUUAAACUCAAUAAAUUCAAUACAUAUAUAAUAUUCUAACUGAUUGAUGAAAAUACAAAAAGAAAAAAAAAAAAAACUACUGCAUGUUAAAAGCAAAUCAAAAUUACUGCGUCUAGUGACCCAAAAGAAUGAAUAAAAUGGAAGUAUCAUCCGACCCAUAUGAGCAAAAGUUAUUUCAAAUGUUCACCAGCUGCGACACAAAUCAUAGUGGCACAUUGGACGAGAGUGCCUUGAGUAAAUUAUGCGAAAUGCUCGAGUUACAGGAUCGCGGAUCCGUUAUUAUUAAAAACCUCAUCAAGAACCCAAGGUCACGGAUUUCUUUUGGUGACUUUAAAGAAGCACUGUUGAACUUUCUUGGGACAGAAAUCGAUGGAUCAUUGUCAUCGCCACCUGGGGAUCGCACGCUCAUUUUCACCAAUGAGCCUGAAGACGACAAACUCCCAGAUAGUCAGAACGAAUCAUCGGAUCGUGAAGUCUCUCCAAAAUUUGUUGUUGGAGCAAAAAAAUACGGUCGACGCUCUAGGCCACAAUUUAUUGGAUCCGAUUCAUCGCCAUCAGAAUCUGAUGAUCCAGAUAGAGAAACAGUUAAUUCCAGCAAUAGUAUUGUUCAAAGAUCAUCAUCACAGAGUGAUAUCUUAUCAUCACAUAGAAGACGGCCACUUAGUGGAGGGGCUAAGCUCAAACGAUGUGCUUCACUUCCAGCCCAGAAAAAUCAACGUGUCAGAGAUGCAAUUUUGGAGAAAACUAAAGCCGCCAGAGCGUCUAAGGCAGCCAAUAAAUUAAACAACACUAGCAGCGUUGAAUCCUUGGGAAAUUUAGAUUUCGAAAAUCUGACAAAUAAAAUCCUUGACAUUUGGAAAGAAUACGGAAGCGAAAUCGGUACAUAUUACUUUACUUGUGAUCAACUGCAAAUUGUGUGCGAACGUGUCGGACUUGUGAGCACAAUCGCCGAAAAAGUUGCCGAAGAAGUAUUUGAAAAGCUUAAUAAAAUCAAAACCGAGCCAGUAAUUACUUUUAGUGAAUUCAUAAGUCUAAUAAGUUGUGGGGACAAUAAUACAUUUGCACCAGCAAAAUUAUCAUCAACAUCACCGCUCCCACCACCACCACAACAACAAACUUGGCAAUUUAAUAAUUUGUUUGAAUUUGUUGGGCAUAAAACACCCUUCAAUAAAACUUCGUCGUCGGUGGAGAGUAAUAAUUCAAUUAGAUUUUCUCAUGCUGUUAAUGAUGAUAAGCAAUUUAAUAUGAAAGAUAUUCCAGCACAAUUGGACACAGUCCCGACGCAUAGUAUAAUCGAAAUGUGGGAACGAGCCAACAUCACCAGUCCAAAAGGACUUUUAUUAAGUCUUGGUUUUGAUGAGGACGAAGUAAAUGUAUUACAAUUGUCAAAAGUCUUGGAAGAAGAACUACGAGGUUUGUGUGGUGAAGCACAAACAACACUAUUAAAAGCAUCAUUAGCUCUGCAAUCUGCCGAACUCUCCACAUUAAAACAAUCAUACAUUCAAUUAAGUGAAGAGAAUAAGAAAAUGCAUGCUGACAAUAAAGACGCGAACCGGAGAGUUAUAAUGUUGGCUCAGGAAAUAGAUGAAAGACAUGCAAAUUUAGAAGACACAACCAAAAAAGAGAUACGACUAUUAGAACAACGACAUGCAGAAGUAGUGCGCGACUUAACAGCUCGUAUGGCAAAUGACCGAGAAAAUUGGUCGAAUCUGACAGCUCGCUUAGAGGCCCGAAUUAAAAUGUUGGAACAAGAAGAAACCAAACUUAAAACCGAAACUGAAUCGCUCCGAAAAGAAAACAAUGCCCUAGAGAAUGAACAAACAGUUUUGCAAAAACAAGUUACAAGUCUUCUAGAGGCCAACAUUCAGUUGAAUAAGGAAAUUGUCGAAUCCGAGGAGAGAAGUCGCAAUGACGAAGGAUCGAAAAAUGAAAAAGACACUGAAGAGAUGCUGGAACUGAUUGAGAAGAUUACAAGUCUACAAGUGGAAAAUGCAAAUUUACGAGAUAAAAAUGACGAACUGGUUGCCGAAGUGGAAGGAUUAAACUUUGAAAUAUCACGAGCAAAGACAAAGAGAUCUCAAAAAGCAACAGUUGCAUCAAGUACCGAAGAAGAUCCUGAACAUGCUUCGGCAGCAAUAAAAAGGCGAGGCGAUUCUCCAAGUAAGACGAGGAUAACCGAAGAAAGUCCGCGUUUGGGUAAAUUCCGAAGGUGUAAUACUGAUGCAAAUAGUGAGAGUGAUACUAGCGGCGAUUGGGUUGCAUUAAACUCUGAACUGAAUAAUCCUUUGAAUGUAACCUCAACACCCAGUACUUCUUCAGGCUUCUCUCAAGAUAGCACAAUUUCUACACUUGAAGCAAAAGAUCAAGAAAUUACCAGUUUAAAAGCAAAAAUUUCCCAACUUGAAAGUGAGUUAAAGUGCAGCAGUACAACUCCUUCGUCAACAAACACCGCCGAUUCAAGUGUCGAUAUUUCAACAUUAAGCAAGGAAAAAGAAGCUUUAGAAGUUCGCUGCAAAGAAUUGGAAGCAAGUCUUGAACAAAUGCAAAAAGCCUAUGAAGACUGUGAAGAUUAUUGGCAGGAAAAACUCUCCGAGGAACGUCAGCUCUUCGACAAAGAACGAAAAAUCUAUGAAGAUGAACAAAAGGAAAGCGAUGUCAAGUUUACAGAGUUGGUCGAGAAAGUACGUGAAUACGAGGAACAAUUUAGUAAAGAUGGUCGUUUGUCGCCGAUUGAAGAAAAAGAUGUACUCGAACAACAAUAUGCUGAUUUGGAAGCCGAGGCAGAGCAACUUCGUCAAAAUACACGAGAGAUCUUUGAAGAAAAAGCCAAAGAAAUUGCAUCGCUACAUAGUGAGAUUGAGGAUCUUAAAAUUAAAUUGGGCGAGAGUGUGGAAAUUCUAACUGGUGCCACUGAAAUGCAAUCUGGCGGAGAAAUGUCCGAUUUGGAAAGUCCAGCGAGUUCACCAAUUAGCUAUCUUUGGCAUCAGAGUACAAUUCAGUCUCCAAUAACGCAAUAUAAGAAGAAUAAUUUACAAAAGUCACCCACAACACAGAGAUCUAGAUUAAAUAAUCUUUCGACAUCGGAAACAACAGUUUUCAGUACAACACAAUCAAAUUCGAUUGUGUUAGGUGUACCGCAAACUAAUGAACCUAAAAACAUAUCGCCUAUACAAAAACCAAACACUCCAAAAGUAGCUAAUAUAGAUGCUACAAAAGAUUGUGAAGACUCCUCGUCAACAGCAUCGGGAAAAAGUUUUGAAUCUCAGAGUGUUGCCUCAACGCACAGUAUUCAAAAGUCAACGGGUAAUGCUUCAAGCACUUGUUCGAGUCCAAAUAUAAUGAAGGAAGAACUCAAACGCUUAAAGUAUUUUGAAAUUCAAUUAAAAGAUCAAAUAAAAGACUUGUCACUUAAACGUGAUGGCCUAGUAAUGGAACUUCAACAAUUACAGGAAGCAAAACCUGUACUUGAAAAGGCAUAUGCUAGAGCGGCAGCACAUCCAACUCUCAUUCAGAGAGUUAAUCAUCUUGAGCUUAAAAAUAGACAUUUACAAAAUGUUAUCAAACAACAACAUCAGUAUACGGAAUCUUUGUUGCAACAAUCAUGGCAACAACAGCACCUUGAACUGUCAGAACUUCGAAAUCGAAUUGAAAAUCAAGGAAUGAUAAUGACUGAGCAAACAAAUCGUUUAGCAAACGCUGAUGUUCUCGUCAAAGAACUUUACGUUGAAAAUUCACAUUUAACCGCUACUAUUCAGCGCUUGGAGCAGCAAAUGUGUCGCGUCAAUCUAAUACACCAGCACCAGAGCUUAAGUGGCCUACCAGGAAUGCCUUAAACCUUAAAAAAUAACAAACAAAAAAUAGUUUUACUUACUUAAAAUAGCACCAAAUAACCAUAAAUAGUAACAUAAUUUCUAGUGCUGGAUAUUAUUCCAUCAGGUAUAUUUAAAAAAAGCAAAAAAAGAAAUAAAACGAAUGUCCACAGUCGAACUUCGAUUAUUCGGCAACUAUUUCUCAUUAACAUUUAUGUUGAUCUUUUUAUUAUUUAUCGAAUAAUAAUUUUAAAUAAGCAAAGUAAAAAAGGAUGUGUAGAAUAGUAGUUCAGCAAUUGUACGUUCUUUAAAUGUACAGCAAAUAAUUGUUCAAAAAGAAAACAAAAAAAUGUAAAUACAAAAAUAAUGAAAACAAUCGUGGCCAGCAGAACUUUUUUUUUCCAUAAAAAAAAGUAAAAAGAUAUUAAUUCAACCAAAUUCAUUUUUUGAAUAAUCCCAGUUCGACUGGAUACAUUCACGCAAUUAUUAUUAUAAUAUUAUUAUUAAAUAAAUACAUAUAGUUAUAUAUAUAUAUAUUUUUUUUCAACUAAGAGAUUUUUAUGAAAGUGAUAGGAAAUAGGAAAGUGUGUUUGCGCAUCAACGAAAGUCCUCUAGAUUGUAUCAAUAUUGUUCAGAGAUAAAAUUUCAUUCUAUUAGAUAGUCUAAUAAUAAUUAUUAAAGAAAAA